AUGCUGUCAGAUAACAUGAAACAAAAGAGCGAAAAGAAACUCAUUGCUGAUUUCGACGCUGUUUCAUUAUAUCCAUCCGCUAUAGCAAGACUUUAUACUUUAGAAGGUAUUCCAAAGGUUAUGAAGAAAGAAAUGUUAAGCACAGAGUAUCUCAUGAGACAUUUAUUCGAUGACGACCAAAAGGAACCCAUUGGUGAAAAGUUUAUGUCUGGCUUCUUUAUUCUCAUUAAGAUAACAGAGAUUGGAAUACAUAGACACUUUCCUUUAAUAGUUUGUGACCCUGAACUAAAUCCAGAACUUAACGUUCCCAGAAGUUCAAACACUUGCUGUUUAAUGUAUGUUGACCAUAUAACAUUACAAGACCUCAUAAAAUAUCAAGGUGUCAAAUGUGAAGUGUUGCAAGGAUACUAUUACGAUGGAAACAGAGAUAUUAGAAUAAGAGAUGAAGUAAAGAAGUUGUUUGAGUUAAGGUUAAAGUAUAAGAAAGAAGGAAAUCCUUUGCAAGAAAAUAUAAAGCUCAUUCUGAACAGUAUUUAUGGCAAAACUAUUCUUUCUCCUAUUGAGUCAAAAAUAACCAUAGUAAAUGACAAAGAUGCUAUAAGAUAUGCCAUCAGAAACUACAACCAUAUAGUGAAGUUCGAAGGUUUGGAUGGUUCAGAUAAAACUAUUUUCAAGCUAACGAAAAGUAUUUGCAGACACUUUAA